AUGCCUCCGCUGGAUGGCUCCCUGGCUCUCCCUGAGCUGUACGAGUGGCACGCGGAGCACAGUCCUGACCAUCCUCUGUUCGUCUUCGCAAAGGAAGAUGGCAGCGUUCACAAACUCUGCUGGCCUGAAGUCUUGAGAGCGGUCUACACCGGUGUCAAGAUCAUCAGAGACCGUGCGCACUGGCAGCCUGGUAUGACCAAAGCGCCGGUUGUGGCUAUCUUGUCCAACUCAGACUCUGUUCCGUAUGCGACGACGACAAUGGCUAUCAUGCGGGCCAAUUGCACGGCUUUCUUGAUCUCUUCGCGCAACUCUCCUGCGGCGGUGGCACAUCUGCUCAACAAAGUUGGUGCUAAACAUCUGCUGGUCGGAGAUGAACCCUCCAUGCAUGGUCUCUGCAAAGAAUCACUGGAUAUCUUGAAGACGCAGUAUUCUGAGGCAACUGUGCCCGAGACGUCAACGAUGCUCGGUUUUGAGGAACUCUAUCUGCCUGUCUCUCAGAGUCCAUCCCGCGAAGACGUUCCGUACGAAUACAAGGGUGCCAAGGAACCUGCUGUGAUCUUGCACUCGUCUGGUUCUACUGCGUUCCCGAAACCAAUCACGCUUACAACUCGCUGCCUCCUUGAAAGGGUCAGCUCCAUAAGCUGGAGCGAACGCGAUUUGGCCGGCCACAUCAUCUCUGUGCAUGCCAUGCCGAUGUUCCACGCUAUGGGAAUGAUAUUCGCUGCUUAUACUGCAAGUGACGGUAUCGAGAAGAUGAACAAAUUCGCACCCCAACAUUCGAGGUUGUUCAAGGAGAUGAUUUUGGUCACUAGAUCAACGAAGCCGUUCUCGUAUACCGCCAAGCAUAGCAUUCGACGAAGCGCUAUCAUCCAAGACUAUGAGGAUGAGAUAGCUGAUCUCUACGACACCGUCAAUGCGAGCGCACAGUCUUCUAUACAGCCUCCGACCGACUGGGCGCUGCCAGCCACCACCGAAUACGUCCGUACGGUCGUAGGCAAAGUGAUGACGCAUGCGGUGGCGGACAGUGUCGAUGUGUUCCAGCACGGAUGCGACAGCCUGCAGGCUACAUACAUCCGCAACAUCAUCCUCCGUGCCCUCCGUGAGACAACAAAGAUCGACACACGCAGGAUCGGCGACAGCUUUGUUUACGAUCAUCCGACCAUAUCUAGUCUGGCUGCAUUCGCCUCCUCCGUCGCUCAGGGAACGCAUGACUCGGCAACUGCUGGGACCACAGCAUCUGCUCGUAUCAUGUCCAUGCGAGCUAUGCUGGCGAAAUACGCCGCUGACUUCCCCGCCCGGCCUCAAACGCUGCUUCCAUCACAGCCUGAGCGAGAUGCAGUCUUCGUGACAGGGACGACGGGUAGUCUAGGAUGCCAUCUGCUUGCUUUGCUCGUGGCCGACCCGAAGGUCGGGCGGGUGUAUGCAUUCAACAGGCCAGCCAAGACGCAGACGCAUUUGCGCGAGAGACAGAAGUCGGCCUUGGUCGACCGUGGACUCGACGCAGGCAUAGUGGAUUCGGAGAAGGUAAUGCUUCUUGAGGGAAGCCUGACAGCAGAACAUUGGGGCCUUGAGAAGAGCGCGUACGAAGAGAUAUUCAGCAAUAUUGAGCUAUCGCAUCGACUAACUGAUCUGCAUUCAGCGUGGCGUGUCGACUUCGUGACCAAACUGGAGUCGUUCGAGGUUAACGUCGCAGAUUCGCCCGGCGAUGUGGUAUUCACAGAAGGACCGAUUGAGCCCAAUCUCGCGGCCGGCACAGGCUAUGCAGAGUCCAAAUGGGUCUCCGAACAGAUCCUUUAUACAGCAGCAUCCAAGACUUCUCUCAACGCGUUGGUGGUCCGCGUGGGACAGGUUUGCGGUGGCCUGGACGGCGCGUGGAACGUGCACGAGUGGUUCCCCACCCUCGUACAGAGCGCACUGAGACUGGGAUGUUUCCCAGACGACGACAAGGGUGUGAAUUGGGUCCCGGCCGAGAUCGCGGCAGGGGCGAUUGUCGACUUCAGCCACCACGCCUCAAAUACAACACGCACCGUGCAUCUCGUGCACCCACGCCCGGUCCCGUGGCACAUUCUCGCGAGCGCCGUCGCAUCCGAGCUCGCCGUCCCACUCGUGCCAUACUCGGAGUGGCUGGCUAAGCUGGAGCAGGCAUAUCAGGUGGACAAGCGGGACGGUCUGGGCAACACAGAACAGGACAACAAUCGAGACCUACGCACGCUACAGUUGCUGCCGUUCUUCCGGGGUGUGGCGGGUAAGCUGGAUAUCGCGCGGAUGGCGAUGGGCAUGCCAGCCCUCUCGAUUGAGCAGGCUGUCGCGAGAUCACCGACGCUCGCGGAUCACACCAUCCGUCAGCUGGGAGAGGAGGACGUCAAAAGGUGGCUUGCGUAUUGGAGGAAGGUCGGUCUGCUUUGA